AUGGCUGACCACGACGAUCUCGCCACCACCAAGACCGAGGGCUUCAAGGUCGGUGAGAAGAAGACCAUGGACCAGUACAAUGAGCUCGAUAAGGAUGAUGAAGCCAUGGUCCGCUGGAAGGCCUCUUUGGGCCUCAAUGCCGGCGCCCCCAUCGCCCAGCCCGGCGAUCCUAAGUGUCUCAUCAAAUCUCUCUCUCUCAAGGCUCAGGGCCGUGAGGAUGUGACAAUCGACUGCUCCACUCCUGAAUCCCUGGCUGCUCUUAAGGACAAGCCUUUCACUAUCAAGGAGGGAUGCAAGUUCCACAUCCAGGUCGUUUUCCAGGUUCACCACGAGGUCUUGAGUGGCCUGAAGUACUUGCAGGUUGUCAAGCGUAAGGGUAUCCGUGUCAGCAAGGAUCAGGAGAUGUUGGGUAGCUAUGCACCCAACACUACAGAGAAGCCUCUGUACAGCAAGGAAUUCAACGAGGAAGAGGCUCCCUCUGGUAUGCUCGCCCGUGCUACCUACCAUGCUGUUUCCAAGUUCGUCGACGAUGAUGACCACACCCACCUGCUGUUCGAGUGGUCGUUCAUCAUCGCCAAAGACUGGUAA